CUGGCAUGCUGUUAACAAAAAAUUUAGGUCAUGGAGUCGUCAGUGGAUAAACACUCCCCACUGUAAACUCUUGUGAACAUUAUGCUUCAGAGAACUAUUCCCUUUAGAUCGUCAAGGAAGUUUCUCAGAACCGGAUUGCAUCCUUUUCAGGAUCUGAACCUCCUGACUACGCCUCUCCCUGCCAUCCCUGAGGAAGGUGGUCGUCGCCUGACAUGGCCAAGCCGCAGCACCUCGACAAGCUUGUGCUGUCCAUCGCGGCCACCAUCGUUGUGGUUGUAGCGUGGGGGCUGGUCAUUGCCGGCUCUUUCGUGCCCAAGUGGGCCAGGCCUCUGAAUUCCACAAACACCACUAAUAGGACUUAUAGCUUAUGGGGCAGAGAGGACUGUUAUGGGAUUAUCUGCACCACGAAAUAUAGGUUGGAGAACGUGGAAACGAAACGCAGCUAUUACGACGAGUUCGGCAAGAAACACGAGUCUAUUGAGACCAGAACGGAAAUGAACCCCGUGGUCACGUGCGUUGUUGCCAACUACUGUAACAUAACAUGGUUCGAAGAUAUAGACUUUGCAGAAGUGCCGUCCUUACUGUUUGUAGUUAGAGCCUUCAUCAUCCCGUCGUUUGCCGCGGGCUUCAUCUGUAUCAUCAUCUACAUCAUCAAGAUCGUCCUGAUCGUGUUGCAUCCCACCUGGAGGAGAAUCCACGUCAAGGCAGCGUACCUGACCUUUGCAGCAGUUGCAGGUGUGUCUGCAGGUGUGGGUGUCAUUGUGUUCGUCACAAUGCUUGAGGAAGACGUCUACGAGCUGUUAUGGGCCCCCGCUCUUCCUGGCGUCGGGGGCUUUCUUUUCAUCUGUAUAGCAAUAGGAGGUUACUUGAGUUGGAGGAGCCAUUCCACUGAUGAAGAUUUCGACACAAGGUCAGAGUUCAGUGAUAGAACUUCCGCAGUCUAUGAAUUCUCUGCUUCCAAAAAUCAAGGCCACAAAAUAAACGGGAAAGUUUAUCAUCAGAGCUACUCACAACAUUCUGGCAAAACAGAAUACCUUUGACCACUCAGUGUGAAGUGAUUACUGUUUGGGUGCUUUUGAUUCUUUUGAUUAACAUUGGAGCAGCAGGAGUGUGAGCGAAGCACUGUACAUAAAUAUAUAUCUCCGACAAUGGAUUCCGAUGUUGAGUUUUGCAGGGCACAAUCCACCUAACUGAAUGGGUUGAAAGAGAUUAUGUUUAAUGUUGACGUCAGUGUUAUAUUUGAUUGUUUUUCUUUGCUAGGAAUCAAUUGUUUUGUAUAUAUCAUGAAAUGAGGGGCACUGUUUUAAUGCCAUGUCAAGCAUGCACUCAUUUCCAUAAAUACAAGGACAGAUGUGAUCCAUGUUUUUACAUUGCUAGAACAUUUACACAUGUGCGUUUUCGAAAGUAUUACAAAUGGUUGUGUUUUGUAAUAGGCAUACUAUUUCCAAAUGCUUACUAGCCCUCAAGUCGUCACACUUGGGGGCAAAAAGGGCAAUAAGACUUCAGGUGCGUGAGAGUUGUACUGUUGCCCAAAACUCACUGGAAGAAUGGUGUACAAAAAAAUUAAAUUUGAACUUGUCUCUACUGUCGAAACAAACUGGACAUGAUACUAUGGCAAGCGUUAAAUUUACUGAUGUUUUCUAUUCUAGAACAUUCUAGAGUAUAUUUUUUCAUUUGUUUUUUUUCAUUAUAAAUAAAACAUUGCUAAGUAACAAAUGGGUGAGCCUGUAUAGAUGAGUUUGUUCUAUGUUUUCGAUGUUAUAGUGACUUGUUCAUGCAAUGCAUAGGCUUUGGAAAUUUAAUCAGUAUUUUUUGUUAAUUUAUAUUGAUUUGUGUUCUUUAUCACAUCCUAGUUGUCUGUCCUUAUAUGUAUAGAUUUAGAUUUUAUACAUUUAUAAUUUAUGUUUGUUUUCAGAACCAUAGGAAAAAGGAAAAUCUUACUCUAAAGAGUAAAUAUAAAAUGUAUAGUAUUUAACUUCAAUAUUUUUUUUAAUGUUUGGUUUGUUUUUUAGGUUUUAAUUUAAGGUAAAAUAACAGUGUCAUUAAUCCUGAUUAUAGACAAAUGUACAAAUUACAAUGAUUUUUUUUUUAGUAUUAAUUAGAAUACUAUAUUUGACUAUCUGCUGUUAUGAAGAUUGUAUUCACUAGAUUUUAUUGAAAGCAAAAAAUGCUAGAAAUUCUAUUAGGCUAACUGUUGCAUUUUUUUAGUUUAACAAAUGUAAGGAAAUUUGUAUUUUCCAUAUCUAUAACAUUGCAAGUUUAUAUCUUAUGUUGUCUUAUUUAGUUUACUUCUAAGAGUUUCAAAGAUGACACGAAGUCAUUUGUGUUCUGCCAGCCAAACUAAAUCACAGGUUGUUUUUUUUUAAUCUCUUUGAGCAGUGGCAUAGCUAGGAAUUUUUCAUCAUUUGGGAGAGCCUUGGGGGCUUGACCUUUUUAGAGUACAAAAUUACUCAUUUGGCCCCCCCCCCCCCCCUCAAAUAAGGGCCCGGGGGGGGAUUUUCAAAUUCUCCCCCUCCCUCCACCACCCUAGCUACCCCUCUGUCAUUGAUAUCCCAUAAAAUAGUUUGGGUAAUACAGUAUUUAUAAACAUUCAGAGCAGAUGCACUCUAGAGAUCUUAGGUUGAGGAUUGCAAAGACACAAAGUCAGUAAAAAUGUGUUACUCUGUACUUUUUUGUUUUCUUUAAAAAGACCAAAACUUUGGUCCAAUGCUUCUCUUAUACUUGAUUUUGGUUUUGUUGGUAUUCUUAUAGCGGUUUUACAAAUGUUAGGAUGAAAAGGAAAUGAGAUGCUGUGGAGAGACGGUGGAUUUGAUUUUUCUUUUCUUAAAAUGUACAACAUGUUUACUUUUAAGUUGUUUUUGUUUAAGAAAGUCUAGUCUUGUUUUGUGUUCAAAAUUGUAAGAAUUUCUUGAGUCCAUUUUGAUUUCAUAUUUUUUCUGCUGUAUUGAUGAUUUUUUUCUUUACUUGUAUAUUUUAAACAAAAAUUGCAUUUGCAUUUUCUUUAUACAGUUUUUCUCGUUUGCAUUAAUUUGACUAGUCUGGGUUGUUGUUUUUUUUUUGUUUUUUUUCAGUUUAUUUGUUUAGAGGGUAAGUUAUGUUGUGAAAUAAAAGUUGUUUCUAUCACACAAGAGUUGAUUUUCUCACUCGGCAUCUAUGGCCAUGUCCCUAGAGUUUGCUGGAAUAAAUAUUUGUUUAUAUUAAUCUACUUUCAACUGUCUAGUGUUUUCAUUGAUAAAUUUAACAGCCACUGUAUUUUUUUUUUCUUUAUUGUUGGUGGCUGAGAAAUACAGCACUUUGUUUUUGAACCAAGGGGUCUAGAGUUCUAAUUUUGGUUAAGCCGAAAAUUUUUAAGUUCAGGAUUUUUAGGAUGCCCAAACUUUAAUGAGUGCCUGACAUAUGUUAGGUCGCUGUGCUGGCCACAUGACACCCCAUUUACUAUUAGUCAUAAACACAGAUGAGCUUUACAUCAUCUGACCCCACAGCAAAGUCUGCAAGCGAUACUUUUACUAUACUAUUUGUUUUAUAAUAGUAGGUAAAUGUUUGGAACUAAAAAAGUUUUAUAGUCUUGAAGUUAGCAAUUAACAAUAGGUGCUAAAAAGUUUUUUGUAAACUAAAAUUGAUUGAAUUGCAUUUUUUACUUUCUUUACAGAACUUAGUCAGUCAUUUUUACGGAUGUUAUAUUUUAAAACUACACAAACUAAUUUAUGCCAAUAAUUAAGUUUUUUUCAGUUUCUGUACCAUGUCAAUGAAUUGUUUAAAAAGUGUUACUUUGUAAAUUGAAUGAAACUAUUCCAAGAGAACUCAAUGUUUUACCCUACUGAAAUUAUUAUGACAAAAUUUUUCUAUCGACUCCUUCAGUUGUGGAGCGAGUAUUGGUUAUCUCAUACAAUUGAGAUGCAAGCCCGGGCAUUAGCUGUGAAUGAUGCCCCCUCUCCAUGCAGCUGAUGUUUCAAAUGGAGCGGCAUAUUUGUCCAAAAGUAGCAGAUAACUCUGCUAGACACCCUAUUUUUAGCAUUGCCGUUUGAUUGCUGCAUUCCACAUAGUUGUUUGUUAGUGACUUGUACAAUGUUUCCUAGAUGCUCUUGCUGAAUGCAGACUCUUUUUUUUUCUCUUUAUUUUCUUCUAAUAAUUGAAAAUGUAAACACUUAUUUAUUUCCAAUCUAUUAACUGCUGACAAUGAAGCUAAACUUAGACAAAUUUGAUAUCUUGUUGGCAAUUUAUUUAUUAUUCUAUUUCAUUUGAUUGCAUUUAUUUUGUUAUGAAGUUUGUUAAACAGAAUUUUCACAAGUGUGUGUGUGCUAAGUUAAAUUAAUUGAUUUGUUUGUCAAUCUGCAAAUAAUUAAUAUUUUAGUUACACAAAAGUAAUUUAUUAAAACAACAUUUGGUUGCCAACUGAAAUGAGUCGGCCGAGUAUAAAGAAAUAAAUAUUCUAAAUCAGUGAUGUCCCUAGUAUGGUGCUUUCUGGGCCCCCAGAACUCUACCCACAUGGCUUAGAUUGAGAUCUAAUUAUUAUGAAGGAACUCCUCAAUACUGAGAAGAGACAAAACCUGAGCUGGUUUGGUCAUAUUGUAAGACAUGACUCACUAUCAAAUGUCAUUCUUCAAGGUACAGUAGCAUGAAAAAAAAUGUCCAGAGAAAAGCUGGCUGGAUAACAUAAAAGAAUGGAUCUCUUGAUAUCUUGCUUAGAACAGCUGCUAACUGGGAAAAGUGGAGGGAUUUGGUUCACGUCAACUGUGACAGAACCACUAUGACGUAAGUCAAGGGACAGAUAAUAAUGAUUAUGAAAUCUAAGAUGUCAGUCCACAGUAAUCUAGACUUAAUCUUAUAUCUAAUCUUUGGCUGCCUGGUCUAGUAGCAUGGACUGUGGACUGUUGUCCUGAUGGCCCUGGGUUAAAACCCUGCCCGCCACCAAUCCUUGAUUUCCUUCAGGAAAUUUGGGCAAGAAUGUAAUCUUCAAAUUUGAAGGAACAUCCGAAACCUGUCAAACAAAGAAAACAAGUCGCAAAGGUUAGGCUCAUUUGGGCUAAGAGGAUUUGUUUCAAUUGAGCCCAUGACACAUAUAAGUUAGGAUUAGGCUGAAAGAGGUUAGGCACCACUGUUUGAAAGCUUCCUAAUUUUUUUAAGGGCAUUGAAAUUUCUUUGUGCAAAAACUUUCUUGAAAAUCCACAGUCAAAUAUCUACUGACCUUAAAGUUUAUUGGUUAUUGUACUUCCAUUGACUUUGUUCUCUCCCCCCCCCCCCUCCAGCCUCUCUGGCCCACCCCCUCACCCCCAGUCACUUACGUUGCGGAAAUGUCAAAAUGUCUGGCAAACAAAAGUUUUCAUUCAAAGUUUUUUUUCUCCUCAUUAUGUUUUCCUAAACAGCUUUCUAGUAGCUUUUUGUUCAUCUAAAUACUUGAUAUAUGCGCAACCUUGUUUACCACAUUAAUGGCAUGCAUGGAGGAUAUUUAGUGUUAGCAAAGAAAAUAAAAUAGAAUAUAUCAAUGUGCCAAAAAAUCACAUACCAAAAAAAAUAAAGAACAAUAAUUGCAGACCAAAUAAUAUUGUUGUAGUAUUUGGGUUCAAAAAUAUAUUUUAUAGGAAUUUUUUUAAAAAUUGACCAUGAUGCGUUUAAAAAUAUGACUUCCUUUAUUUGUUUCAGUUUAUUUCCUUUCUUUUGUUUUUGCAUUUAUUCAAUUACUUUUAUAAUUAUAUUGUUUUUAUGAUAAUUAAAACAAGCAGUGGACAUUGUUUGUUUCAGCUGCAGUUUCAUACUAAAAUAAUACUAUUCUAUAAUUAUCCUUUUAGGAAAGAGUGGUACCAUUGUGCAUUAUACAUCACUAUACAAUUAGAAGCAUACAAAACAUACUUUCAUUCCAUAGUUUCACUUUAACAUCAUAUGUGAAGUUCACAUCAGAAUGUUGCAUUUUAAAUACUCGUCAUAACUGAUGCUAUUGACGGAGUUUUUGUUGUUGAAGAAAUUAAACUGAUAUGGUUUAAGCUUUAAAAAAUAAUGAGGUUAGAUUGAAUAGAGCGAAUUGUUUUUUAAUAAAACUUCACGAAAAUUGAAAAUAGAGGAUAAAAAUUAACAUUCAAGAUACUUCAUUUUUAAGAUUAUCAUCUCAGAAUUCUGAACCUGAAAUUUUAUAAAAAAAAAAACAACUAGAAACUAGAAAUUUUAAUGUUUUAAGUUUUGAUUGCAACUUUAUAAAGUAGUUGAAGACAAUAACUCAGUUAUGUCCCUUUUCUGUUUUCAUUAUGUUUCCACUUCCAUUCCCUGUUCCUCUUAUUGAGCUAGCAGAGUGAAGUCCCUUGGAUUUCUUCUGACCUUCAACCUUUUCAUGAGUGACAUUUCCCCACAAAAACAUCUCAUCUGUUGGACUGUCUCAUGUGCUGCUCAAGGACAGCAGCAAAACAUUCCACUGGCUAGUUGUUGAUGUUGGUUUCAUUUUUCAUUGUCUUCUAAUGCAUUUCAUUUAAAACUUAUGUUGUUGUUUUCCAGUAAGCAGAUAAAUAAUGUAAUUGACAACAAAAUUUGAAGUUGGCAACAUGAUUUUUCAGUUUUUUUUUUAAUACAACUUGCAUUCUGGGUAAUUUAAUUUUUUUUUUCAAAUUUAAAAAAAAAUGUUUAGAAUAUAUAUCGGUCUGUGGUGUAGAGUGUAUAGCAGACAUACACAGAAAUGUCAAUGCAUGCUUGAUACUGUAUGAAACCAAAUCUUGAUAAUUUUAUGGAUGAUUAUAAUUGCUAAUUAAAUCUUUUAUUUUGUAUGCCUUGCCUUAUAAUAUUUUAUCAAAUAAAACUUCUUCAAUAAAAUGAAUGGUAUUUUAAUCAAACUUGA